UCUCAGCAGUUCGUCCAUCCGAGCCACUCUCUCUUCCACUUACCAACAGCAAAUACGUUCCGAGAGGACUUGCUUUCGGCAGAGAAAGAAUAGCAGCGGGCAAACACUAACUCUCACACACCGGACCCUACAGAUAAAUAACUUUCAGUGGGAAUAGCAGGUUUUAUGUUCGUUUUACAUAACGAUUACCCCCGUAAUUAUUUGAUUUAUGUCCAUGACAUUUGAUUAAUCUAUCCACUUUUCGGGAAAUGUAUGGAAUUCGGAAAAUUUUAGUGAACAAGGAUUUCAUCAAUUCCUUUUCUAACAAUUCAGUCCACAUGUAGGCAGGCCUAAGCUACAUGAGAAUGUAUUUGAGUGUACUUUCCAAUAUGUAGGUGGUGGUUUACCUGGAAUUAUUUUAACAGAAUCUUACAUCGGAAAUCAAAAUGGAUCUUUGGGGAGUUUACCUAUUUCAUCUCGUUUUCAUUGCCCUGCAUGAGGUCCUGUCCGCAGGCAGAGACUGUCUGGUGGCAGGGGACUCAUGCUCCAGCGACGAGACCUGCAGCCCACGUCUGCGGACCCUGCGUCAGUGCGUGGCGGGGGACGGCAGCAUGAAGCUGGGCCCCGGGGCCCGGAGCCAGUGCGCCAACGCCGUCUCAGCCCUGAUUUCCAGCCCCCUGCACAGCUGCCAGUGCAAACGGGGCAUGAAGAAGGAGAAGAACUGCCUCAGCAUCUACUGGAGUCUCCAUCAGUCUGUCAUACACGGACUCAACCUGGUAGCGAGUUACCCUUAUGAAGCCGUGGAGAGAGACUACGACUACGUUCGUCUGGCCUCCAUCACGGCUGACUCUGAGGCCAACGUGGCGACGUUGAACCGCUGCCUGGACGCAGCCAAGGCAUGUAACGUUGACGACCUGUGCCAGAAGCUCCGCACGGAGUACGUAUCUGCCUGCAUCAAACCCUCGGCCAAGUCAGGCCUCUGCAACAAGGCCAAGUGCAACAAGGCCCUACGCCGGUUCUUUGAUCGCGUCCCUCCAGACUACACACAUGAGCUGCUCUUCUGCCCCUGCACAGACACGGCGUGCGCCGAGCGACGCAGGCAGACCAUUGUUCCCGGCUGCUCCUAUGAGGGCUCAGACAAACCCAGCUGCCUCAUACAGAUGCGUAUGUGCAAGGGCGACUAUGUGUGCAGGUCCCGUCUGGCUCAGUUCCAAUACGACUGCCAACCAGCCGAGUCGUCUGCCAACGGCUGCAAGCAGGGGAACUAUGGAGCCUGUCUACUCGCCUACACAGGCCUGAUAGGCAGUUCGAUAACUCCCAACUAUGUGGAUAACUCCACAUCUAGCGUGGCCCCAUGGUGCUCCUGCUCUGCCAGUGGAAACCAGAGAAUAGAGUGCUCCGACUUCCUGGAAUACUUCACCGACAACGUCUGUCUCAGGAAUGCCCUCCAGGCGUUUGGGAGUGGGACAGACGUGAUGCCCACGCCCAGCGAAUCGGGACACCUCAGCCCAGCCACUGGCAGAGAAAGCCAUGCCACCACCCCUCUGCCUGCUACUGUGGAGACCACAUGGAACAUUCCAGACUCAAUUAUACCAACACAGGCCAGCGGAAACAACCGACUGUGGGGAGAUUCUACCCUCCCAUCGGAUGGGCUCCCAAACUCUGCCCCCGCACUUGGCCUACUGCCUCCAACUUCCUUUACUGGCCUUGUGGUCCUACCUCUGCUCUUAUAUGGACACUAAAUGAGGAAGCACUGCCAAGGACCACCCAUAAAGCAGAUGGGAGGAUUUGUAAAAAAGAUCUGGAGAAACUCUUUAGCAUAUAGGCUACUCUUCCUCCUAAACAUGUACAGCAUAGUCCUUUUUCUAUUUUUGUUUCUUAGUGGUUCAGUUGCACUUGCAAGUCCCUUAGGUGUAAGACUUGGAGAGACUGAGACAGAUUGAAACCAAUCUGUAUACUUGUACAUUGUUAUCGCUUUGAGUCAAGAUGAAAGUACUUUUAUGUGGACUAACCUACCAUCAAGCUAUCCAAACACAUCCAAGCACAAGACUGAAUUCUAAAAACGCCAUCGGGAACUACAUGGUUAUUCUUUAAGAACGGAAAGCUCUUACCUGAAACGUUGUCACGAGAAACCGUCUCCAGUGAACUGUCUUUAUUUCGUACUCAACUGCACAAACUGAUUGGAAAAGACCCUUGAGGAUAUAAGGCCUUUAAUACCGCUCUCUUCGACUUGACUGAAGGAGGAACAUUAUUUCUGAUCAAUACUGGAAUGAUAGAGAUAGACAAUGGAUCUACGGCAAAUUCAGCCAUUCUGGACAAAUACCCUGAUUCUGAUCAUUCCCAGUGCUGUCAGCUGCAAGAGAUGUGGGAACCUCAGAAUACAUGGGAUAGCUCUGACCUAAUGAUUAUCAUGCCCGCAGUGAAGAUUGGGCUCUUUGUCAUGCUGUCAUCGCCAGUUCGUUUGUUCUCGCUAAUGCUUAGCUAAGUGUUCAUUAUAAAACACUUUCUUCUCUUAGAACUUUGUUAAAAUUAAGUUAUGAGCAAACAUAUUCUCUAUGUGUACAGUACCAUAGUUCUGUGUUUGUAUGGAAGGACUGCCCCCUGUUCCUCAUUGUGUAAAUGGACAUUUCUCAAAGGGUGUCUGAAUUGGUAGGAACAAGGGUUUGUGUCUCAACAUUUCGGGCUAAAUUGUAACCCUUUUCACACUACUGAGCCAAGACAAGCCGACAUGUACUGUGCUGCCCUCGUUACGCAUCCACCAUAGUUGCUGAAACCAUGCUGGAAUGCACAAUGUGGAAAGAAAAUACCAGAGACAAUAGCAGAGUACAGUACAGUUCGUACAGGACAAAGGGCCCCGUGUAGCUCAGUUGGUAGAGCAUGGCACUUGCAACG